CGCCGGGAGCUCAGGUCGGACGUGGUGGGCUGCAGAUUCCUGCCGCCGCCGCCGCCCGGGAGGGGAGCGAGCCCCGGGCCACCGCCGCCCCCAGCAUGGGGCUCCCCGCGCUGCUGCUCCUUCGCUGCCUGCUGCUGGGCUCGGCGGCGGCGCUGCCCCGGCGGGAGCUGCUCCCCUACGGGGCGCCCCGGGGCGAUCGGCUGCUGCAGGACGGCGACGACGAGACCUCGGCCGUGGUGCCGCUCGGGAAGCCGCUGCUCUUCUACGAGACGCGCUUCAGCCACCUCUAUGUAGGGACCAAUGGGAUCAUCUCCACCCAGGAUUUCCCCAGAGAGACCCAGUACGUGGACGACGACUUCCCCACCGACUUCCCGGCCAUCGCCCCCUUCUUGUCCGAUAUUGACACCAGCGGCGGGAGGGGGAAGAUCUAUUACCGGGAGGAUCAGUCCACCGAGGUACUGGGCCAGGCCGCUCGCCUUAUCCGUGCUGGAUUUCCUAGUGCAGCCGCCGCUGCCUUCACUCCCAUCCAUGCCUUCAUCGCCACCUGGGAGAACGUGGGUGCCUAUGAGGAAGUCUCUCGAAACUCGGAGCCCUCUAAGAAGCUGAACACCUUCCAGGCAGUCUUAGCCUAUGAUGACUCCGACACCUACGCCCUUUUCCUUUAUCCUGAUGACGGCCUUCAGUUCUUUGGGACUCGGCCCAAGGAGUCUUACAACGUCCAACUGGAGCUGCCAGCCAGAGUGGGUUUCAGCAGAGGCGAAACUGAUUACCUGAAGAGAGAAGGGCCGUAUUACACUGUCACCAGCAGCGAGCAGUCUGUGAAAAAUCUCUACCAAACAAGCAACUCAGGGAUUCCUGGCGUAUGGGCCUUCCACAUUGGCAGCAGCUCCCCGCUGGACAACGUCAUGCCAGCUCAAGUUGGCGAAAAGCCUUCCAUGGGGCAUUCCCGGCAACCUCUGGAGAGCACGCUCAGCAGUGCCACCUUGGAGCAGAACGUCCUGGAGGCUGACUAUCCUGAGGAGGACACAGACUACGCCGAGCCCUUCUACGACGAGAACGAAGAAGACGACGUUGAGUACCCGACCGAGCUGGUGCCUGAUGUUUACACGAGACUUGAUUUGUACAGACGCUCCGGGGCCAGGCUGGGUUCGGAGCUGGAAUCCACAUUGCCGUAUCCGGUGUCCAGCCGUCACCCGGCCUCUCCUGAAAUGCAUGGGAUGAAGGAAGGGCCAUCCCAGGCGCCUCCUGCAUUGGAAGAUGAAGUGGAGUCCUCCCAAGAAACAGGAAUCCGAAACCCGUCCUCACUAGAGACCAAGGACAGCCUGCUGGAGCUAACGACCCAGGGGCUGCCAGCAAACACUGAGCGGGACAAUGUCCAGCCCUACCCAGACAGUGACACUGUACUGUCCGAGACGGACAUCUUUCCAGUCUACCCACAGGGGGAGGUCAUGCAUCAGGGCUACCCAGAGAACUCCCCUCCCUUUAAUCGUGGGAGGCAGGUAGUUGGUGUGGACGAAGACGGCAGCUUUAACCAGGAGGGGUUCACGUACAAUACCGCCAGCAAGGAAACCUGCGAACGGAACCACCACCAGUGCUCCCAGCAUGCCUUCUGCACCGACUAUGCCACCGGCUUCUGCUGCCACUGCCAGUCCAAGUUCUAUGGGAACGGCAGACACUGCUUGCCAGAAGGGGCUGCUCACCGUCUCAACGGUAAAGUCAGUGGGAAUGUCCUGGUGGGACAAACGCCUGUACAUUUUAGUGCCGUUGACUUGCAUGCCUACAUCGUUGGAAACGAUGGGAGAGCCUACACUGCCAUUAGCCAUGUACCUCCGCCGGCAGCUCGGGCGCUCAUGCCGCUGACUCCCAUCGGAGGUCUCUUCGGGUGGCUUUUCGCUCUGGAAAAACCAGGCUACGAGAACGGCUUUAGCGUCACCGGUGCUAAAUUCACCCACAGUUUGGACGUCACCUUCUACCCAGGAGAGGAGAGAGUCCAUAUCACUCAAACAGCUGAUGGCCUGGGGCCAGAAAAUUACCUAAGCAUUAAGACACAUAUUCAGGGCCAGUUGCCUUUUAUUCCAGAGAACUUUACUGUCCACAUUGCACCGUACAAGGAACUUUACCACUACUCUCACUCAGCCGUGACUUCCACAGCUUACCGGCAGUAUUUCCUCACCUUUGGGAGUAUCAACCAGACCUUUGCCUACCAACUGCACCAGAACAUCACCUUCCACGACUGCCCGCCCGCCCGCCACCACAGGGACGUUCCUGCCGUCCAGCAGCUGAGCGUGGAUCGGAUCUUCGCUUUGUACAACGAUGAGGAACGGGUCCUGCGCUACGCCAUUACCAACCAGAUUGGCUCCAGAGAAGGUGGCCCCGACUUGAGCACAGCGAACCCCUGUUACGACGGCACCCAUGCGUGUGACACCACAGCGCGGUGCCAGCCGGGCACCGGUCUGGAUUACACCUGUGAGUGCACGGCCGGCUAUCGGGGAGACGGCAGAGACUGCGUGGACGUCGACGAGUGUGCGGAGAGCCUCAGCAGAUGCGGCCACCACUCCGUGUGCAUCAACUCUCCGGGCAGCUACAGGUGCGAGUGCCCCAGUGGGUACCAGCUGGCAGUCGACAGGCCUGUGUGCGUGCCAAUCCCCCCGCCGUCCAACCCCUGCGAAGACGGCAGCCACACCUGCGCUUCGGCAGACCGCGCCCGCUGCGUUCACCACGGAGGCGGCUCGUUCAGCUGCGUGUGCCUCGCGGGUUAUACAGGCAACGGGCAUAAUUGCUCUGAUGUGGAUGAAUGCGCCGAAGGCAGAUGUCACCAAGCCGCCGCGUGCUACAACACGCCCGGCUCCUUUUCGUGCCGCUGUAAACCAGGCUACCAAGGGGAUGGCUUCCACUGCACACCUGAAACCGCCCAUCGCCUGACGCCGUGUGAACAGGAGCGCCUCUAUCCACAGCCCGCCCAUGGGCUUCGAGGGGUUUCUGCCCACCCGGGGCUGCACAGACCCCAGUGCGACGACGAGGGGAACUACAGGCCGCUACAGUGCCACAGCAGCACCGGCUUUUGCUGGUGUGUGGAUGGAGCCGGGCAGGAGAUCGCUGGGAGCAGACGCUCACCGGGCACCGCCCCGCCGCGCUGCAGGACAUCAGAGCCCACCCAGAGACCGCAGACCAUGUGUGAACGCUGGCGGCAAAGCCUCCUGGAGCACUACGGUGGCAGGCCACGCGAAGACCAGUACGUACCCCAGUGUGAUGCUCUGGGCAACUUUAACCCACUGCAGUGUCAUGGCAACAGUGGCUAUUGUUGGUGCAUGGAUGAAAGUGGCAGAGAGGUUCAAGGAACGAGAUCGGAACCUGGCAUUCCCCCGCCGUGUCUCCCCAGCCUUGCUCCUCCCACUGUCCAGCCCUCUCCGCGUCCUGAUGUGACUCCACCUGCUGCGGGCACCUUCCUACUGUAUGCUCAGGGACAGCAAAUCGGCUAUUUACCGCUGAACGGCACAAGGCUUCAGAAAGAGCUGGCAAAGACCCUGCUCUCACUGCAUGGUUCCAUAGUGGUUGGACUAGAUUAUGAUUGUCGGGAAAAAAUGGUCUAUUGGACAGACGUUGCUGGUCGGACAGUUAACCGAGCAAGUUUAGAACCAGGGGCUGAACCUGAAACCAUUAUUAACUCAGGCCUGAUGAGUCCCGAAGGACUCACCAUCGACCACUUCCGCAGAACCAUGUUUUGGACAGAUAGCGGCCUGGACAAAAUUGAGCGUGCAAGAUUGGAUGGUUCAGAGCGGCGAGUUCUGUUUGAUGCAGACCUUGUGAAUCCUCGUGCAAUUGCUGUGGACGCAAUUAGAGGCAACCUUUACUGGACUGACUGGAAUCGUGAAGCACCUAAAAUUGAAACCUCAACCGUAGAUGGAGCUAAUAGAAGGAUUCUGGUGAAUAAAGACAUCGGCUUACCAAAUGGCUUGACUUUUGACCCUUUCUCCAAACUGAUUUGCUGGGCAGACGCAGGUACCAAGAAGCUGGAGUGCACGUUACCAGAUGGAACAGGAAGGCGUGUCAUUCAGAAUAACCUCAACUACCCCUUCAGCAUUGUUAGUUAUGCCAAUCACUUUUAUCACACGGACUGGAGAAGGGAUGGUGUUAUAGCUGUGAAUAAAGACAAUGGCUACCUUACAGAUGAGUAUCUUCCUGAGCAGAGAUCACAUCUCUAUGGAAUAACUGCAGUUUACCCAUACUGCCCAGGAGCAAGAAAAUAAUCAGCUACUUCAAGUAAAAAAAGUUCAAUCUUUACACCUGGAGGAAGAAUUCCAGACCCAGAAAAUGAUCACCACAUACAGUUGAGGGGAAGAAAGUCUGCAAAAAAGAGGCCAUUGAUAUUUACUGAAGAUAAUGAAGUGAUCUAUUUUAGUACAAAAGAUUAUCAAGUAUUUUUUAAGUUAUACCUCAAUCUUUACUACUGUAUUUUUUUAAAAAGACAUUGAUAUAUUGCAAGAAAAUAUAAUGGCUCUGGGAAUACUAUGCCAUUACUCUAAUUUUUGCUUAUGUAAGCAAUUUUUAAAAAAAGUCUUAAUGUAACUUUCUUAAUCCAUUGUUUUAGUUUAUGGGAAGGAAUUAAAACACAAAUCGACAAUCUGACCAAUAGGUUCUUUUUUAGCUAAAAAGUUAAAUGUGUAUGGAAAGAUUUUAAUGCAAUGUCUUACCUGGAUCAAUUAAUCUACACCCUGAUUUUGAGUAUUUAGGAAAUUAUGCCAAACUGUCAUGGGAAAUGGCAAAUGCAUUAAAGAUUUUCCAACAUACAGUUCUAGAUAUAUCUUUCCCUCUGCCUCAAUGCAUGUCUUUUAGUAUUUAUAUUAGAAUAUGCUAACUUGAUGGUCCUUAAGUGCCUCCAGAGAACUACCCAUUACUGACCAAUACAUGUUCGUAAAUACCUGUUAAACUGUAAUGUCUCACUUUUUCUAGGUUACUUCAGUAAUAAAUAAAGGGUUUGUUUUGAAUUUUC